AUGAAUAAGAAAUCAAAAGCGAAGCAAAGAAGAAACAAUUCUUUUUGUAAUAAACAACUGUGGCAGGUUAUAAACCUUAUCUUUGCAUGUGUAUCUGGACUCUUUAUUUUUAUUUUUAUUUCUUUGCUUCCAUUGGAAGAAGAGAAGGUGGGAGGCCGAAAGAGUGGAGGGUAUUUGAGGCGUAGACUGACAGCGAUGGCGGAGAAUGACGGUACCAUCUGUCGAUUUGAGGUCCAAGGCCGUAUCUCCUCCAUGGCGUACGGCGAUGCCACCAAUGCGUGCCUUGUAAGCACGAUCAUGAACGGAACUCAUAUUUUUAAUAUGGACAGCUCCUGCGGUGCGCCCACGCGGUAUGUAGCGCAACUGGAGAGCUUUCCACAUCAAAUAAUUGGUGGUGAUCCCAUUGUUUCUUCCUGCUUUUUGUCCUCAGACUCGUCUCUGGCUGUUGGGUCAUCCGUGGGGGGAAUUGCGGUCGUUUCACGUUCGUCCCGAUCGGUAGUGAGAUGCUACAACUUUCAGGAUGAGGCACCGGUGUUGUCCCUGAAGGAAGUGCCGCAUGAGCCGUCCCUUUUGCUGAGUGCGUCACCAGUGGGCGUGCAGGCAAUAGACGUGGAACGGUCUGUGGUGCGAUUGAGCCUUGCCGUUCCGAAACCUCGUGUUGUUGGGGCCGUGGCGAUUACCAGAAACUCCUUUGCAGUGGCCAAUUAUGAUGGCAAAGUGAUGCUAUAUGAUGCGCGCUGCGGGAUUGACCCCGUGACUGUGCUUUCACUGCCAGACCAAAUUACUAGCAUCGCAGUAUCACCGGAUACUCGUGCCUUGGUUGCGGGGACUGUGGGGGGUCGUGUGUUUGUGAUGCGUUGCCUGGUGAGCAAAUUACGGGAGGAGGCGUUUGGCACAGGCAAGACACGUUCCCCUGUUCGCUGCGUCGCAAUGCAUCAUGGCCGAAUAGCUGCUGGCGAUAUUUCCGCCAAAAUCACACUCCUUGACUCCGGGGACUGCCCAGCACCAACAAUGUACUGGACGGCACAUUCCCUCCUGCCGCACGUCGUGGCGACCUCGUCAUGGGGUGUCUCCUCCGUUUUGCUUCGCAAGGAUUCUCUGUGGGGAGCAUUUACGUCGUCAGAAAGCGCCGCAUCACAUGUCGUGAUGUUGCCUCCGUGA